AUGAUUAAAAAGAGAUAUUAAUAAAUUUAAAUAGUUAAAGAUGCUUUAUCAAAUAGAUCAAAUAUUCAAUCAAAUGCAAUUAUGAAAUCACAAUUGACUAAGUAUAACAACGAUUAAUUUUAUUAGAUUAAUCUUAGAGAGAAGCCAUUACCUUUUAUCUAAUAUUAAAGGAAUGAAAAUAAAAUAUUAUAAAAAUUAUUAAAUUGCAAUAUGAAACUUGAUCUCGAUAUUUAUCAAUGGCUUGUCAAAAUUAAUGUUAUACAAGAAUUGCCUAUCAACAAUUUAUUUGCUCACGUUGAUUAAGCUUUGGAAGAGCAAUUCUUGAAUGGAAUAAUAGUUAGUCAAAUUCUUAAACAAUUUGAUUAGAAGAUUGAUGUCGAUGUCAAACAAGGUAAUAGUAAUGGAAUAAGAUUGUUCAAUUGGAAUAAUGUAUGUAGGAGUUUACAAUAGAUUAACAUCACAUUGGAUGAUGAUAUAAAAAUUUCAAUUGUGAAAGGAGAUACUUAGAUGUUGAUGCAGUUUUUGAAGGAAAUAAAAUAACAUUAUGAAAUGGCAUUUUAUGUAGAAGAGCAAGUAAGUACAACAACUAGAUUUGAUUCACAAUAAAAUGAGCCUUAAGAAAUAAGCAUCGAGGAAAUUGAUCCUGAAAAGCCCCUUAAUCAAACAUAAUCACUAUUAGAAUUCAUCAUAGUUUCCCUUUGCAAGCAUUUUACAUUAAAACCCAAAUAAGCAGUAGUCUUACUAAAUUAAAAUUAUAAAUAAUUAUCAAACAUCCUUAUUAAAGGCAACAAAAGUUUCAAGAGUGUCAUCAAUUGGUUGAUGGAAUUGUCUAAAUACAUAAAUCACAUUAUCAAAUUUGUAACUUACAAAAUAGAUAUAUUGUUGUCUCUUCUUAAAGCUGGUUUGGUUUCUCAAAACAAUGAAGUGUGUUAUUGGACAUUAUAUAUCAUUGAAGGAAUUUUGAUAAAUUUGCCAUAAAAAGAAUUACUUGAAGAUGUAUAUGCUUGGUUAGUCAGAGAACAUGGAGGUUUAAUCGUAUUGAUUUUAUCAUAACAACGACAUCACUAAUAUUUAGAAUAAGUCUGUAAAAUAUACAGUGUAGUCUCUUAAUACAAUGUUGUCGAUUUCUUUGAUGUUCAAUUAAGAAAAAUAUUGAAAUCUGGAAAAGAGUACAUUGAUUUCAUAAAUGGGAUAAUCUAAACAAUUCAGAUAAGAGAUCAAAUGUAGGAACUUAACCUUUUUGAGUUAUUUGCUUCGCAUGCUGUUAAAUUAUUUGAACCUUAACAUACUGCAAUGGAGAGAAUGACAGCUCUCAAAUAUUUUGAGCAUUAUUGGAUAUUUUACCCUUAAUCAUUUGUUAUUAAAUAAAUGGAGUAAUAUUUGCUGAACUCAAGAAAAGCUACUCGUGAAUCAAGUUUUGCGAUGAGAAUAUUUACUUAUCAAAGUUUAUUUAGAAUUCUGGACAAUUUAGCCCUCUAAAAGGACAAAUAUGCAGCUUUGUUGUAUAAGAAAUUAGUGUUUUCUCUUAUUGAAAACUUUGAUUAAAAAGGAGUAAGAGAGUUUUUGGUAGCCAACUUCCUAAUGCUCAUUAGAAAAUACUCAACUAUACCAUUAGAUAUUUUAAUCAUUCCUAUGGUGAAAUAACUUUAAAUUGAGUAAAAUGAAGUCUAAAUUAAUAUUGUAGACUUUCAAUUGUUAAAAUCUGUAUGCACUCACCCUAAAAUUGAUGUUAACAUUGCUAUUUUAAUGCUGGAUAUGCUAAGUAAAUUGUAUUUAAGUUCUAUCAUAUCUAAUUACUUUUAACUAGAUUUAUUAAGUCAAAUUAAGUUCAAGAAUUUACCUUUAACCUUGUAAAAAUUGCAAUAUCUGAAUAUUAUGGCAACUAUUAGGAACAUGUUAAAAGUAGUCCAGAUGAAAAUAUUCAAAAGAUAAUAAUUUAGAUCUCAGAUUAUUUCUUUAAUUAAAUUUAUUAUUAAUCUUAGAUCCUUUGAAUUAAACGAAUAGAUUAAACCUGUGAUUGCUCAUUUCUAUUUGGAAAUCCAAUAGAAUUUGAAAACGGAAUCCAAAGCCUUAUUUAUGUUAUUGGGGCAUUUUGGAGAUCCAUAAGAAAUCAUUUAGGAAGAAUAAAAGAAAUAAAAACAAGUUAAUUAAUAACCAUAGCAAUCUAUUUUUUAAAGUUAAAUUGUAAAAUCUUAAUUGCAAGGAUCAAAAAUAUCCCAAGUCUAGUCAGGCUUAAUUCAUCCAAAAUCAAAUAAAGGAACAAUUCCUUAAAAGGAUGAUCCAUUUAGAGAAUUAAGAGAUGAUGCAAAUAAACCAUCUUUGACUAUGCUUGGAAAUCUAUCGUUAAAUUUUGAUGAAUAGUCAUUAUUGAAAUAAUUUGAACUACUUUGA